CCUUCCCUCUCUCCUGUCCCCUCCCAGAGGAUUUAAUGUCCCUGUGCCCCCCAGAGCUGGUCCAGACGAGAAGGCUGAACCAUGAAGCAGAGUUUGGCCCGUGCUUUGGUUUUGACACUUGCAUUGGCGUCACCAGUGUGCGGUGAGCGGCCCGUGAACUGCAGAUGGGGUCAGUAUGGAAGCUGGUCUGACUGUGACGGCUGCACCAAGACUAAGGUGCGAACGCGCCACGUUGAGGUGUUUGCUCAGUUUGAUGGGACACCGUGUUCAGGAGAAGCCACUGAAAGACAGUCAUGCGCCCCACAGAGGGCGUGCCCCCUGGAAACGGGCUGUGGAGGCAGAUUUCGCUGCACCUCUGGUCAGUGCAUAAGCCAGUUGCUGGUGUGUAACGGAGACCAGGACUGUGAGGACGGCCUGGAUGAGAGAAACUGUGGACGUGACGACAGCCACUAUUCGUGCGACCUGCAUAAAACGCCCCCCAACUCUGACUUCACAGGCAGAGGGUACGACGUGCUGACGGACACGUUCAAAGCAGGAGUCAUCAACACUCUGAGCUUUGGGGGGCAGUGCAGAAAGGUCUUCAGCGGCGACCACAAGGUGACCUACCGACUGCCGCAGAACAUCCUCAGGUACAACUUUGAGGUCCAGGUCGACAACGAAGAGAGCGACGAGUCUUAUUUAAGCUCCUGGUCCUACAUGCAGGACGUCCAGUCCAACGCCCUGAUCGGACACGACCGCCGCAGCUUCCACAAAGAGCUCAGCGACAGCAAGGCCUACCGAAUUAUAAUCCUAAAGAAUAAAGUGGCGCUGGCCCAGUUUCAGAACUCUGCCCCAGACUAUCUGCCCCUCUCUGAAAGCUUCUGGAAGGACUUGUCCUCUCUGCCCCUCACGUACGACUACUCCGCCUACCGCCGGCUGCUGCAGACCUACGGCACCCACUACCUGGCAGAGGGGGUUCUAGGGGGAGAAUACCAGGGGCUGUUGGAGCUGGACCAGCACGCUUUCACUUCAACCAGUACGACAGAUAUCGAGUACCAGAGGUGCUGGAGGAAAGUGAAGCGCUUUCUCUUCUUUAAGAAAGUAAAAACCGUCUGUGAAAAGCUGAAGAAAACGCUGUCCUCCAGCUCCCACAGCAGUGGGGAGAAGCUGCGCAUUAAGGUGAAGACGUUUGGAGGAGAUCCGUCCUUCCUCAAUGUUCUUUCUGAGCUGAAUCUGGAGACUCCAGAAGUAAACGGAGAGACCUACAACAACUGGGCGUCUUCUGUUAAAGACUUUCCUGACGUCAUAGAUCAGAAGCUGCGGCCUCUCCACGAGCUGGUGAAGGAGGUGCAUUGUGCAGCUUUGAAGAAGCUCCACUUAAAGAUGGCGACGGAGGAAUACCUCGCCGAGCAGCAUCCCUGUCACUGCCGGCCCUGCCAGAACAACGGCCGGCCGCUGCUGACGGGCAGCGUGUGCCGCUGCGUUUGCCGGCCCGGAACCUCAGGAUCUGCCUGCCAGACGGGGAGUGUGAUCGGAGAGCAACCGGGUGUCAUCCAUGGCAGCUGGAGCUGCUGGUCAUCCUGGAGUUCAUGCUCUGAAGGUCAAAGAUCAAGGAGUCGCAGCUGCAACAACCCAGCCCCCCGCAACGGGGGCCACAGCUGUAUUGGGCCGGCGGCGGAGCAGAAGUCCUGUGAGGAACCCGGCAUCCUCCACUUACAAAUGAUGGCGCCCCAGUGCUUCGGUCUUUCCAUCGCUCCACCAAAAACAUGCGGACCUCCUCCAGGCCUCAGGAAUGGAUUUGUUACGAAUCCCAAAGAUUUUUAUUUAGUCGGUCAGAGAGUGGAGUACUCCUGCAUCGAGGGAUUUUACCUGAGCGGUGACGCUGUGGCCACGUGUGCGGAUGAUCAGACAUGGCGCACUGGGGCAAAGCUUUGCAAAAGUUCCACAUGUGGGACUCCUCCAGUCAAAGGUUUGGUCCUAGCCACGCCCUCAAAGGCAGUCUACCAAAUAGGAGAGAGCGUGUCCCUGUCCUGUCCAGAGGGGUCGGUGCUGAGCAGUGAGGAGUCCACCAUUAUGUGCACCCCCAGUCUGCAGUGGUCUCCUUCUCCUGGCGACAUCCACUGUGAAGCAGUGCCCCUCCUUCUCGCUCCUCCAGCUCCCCCAAAGUGUAAAGUGUGGGAGAACGUAGGAGAACGUGGAUGUGUUUGUAAAAUGACUUUUCAUUGUCUGACUUCUCUAACGCUGUGUGCCAAGGUUGGCUCCAGACACAUGCUGCUAGGACUCUGUAGGCUUGGAGCUCUGCGCUGUUUGGGGCGGAACUUCACAGUGGUCAGAGACCAAGACUGUGAUUGGCCAGAGGAGACAUUCACUUCCUGCGAAAACUGCCAACCGGGGACAGUGUGUGAGGAGGGAAGAUGUUUGUGCCAGGAGGCAUCAAAAUGCCCUGCAGACUCCGCCCCCGUGUGUGUCAGCUCUGGCGAAGAUGGCGUCCGGGUGACCAUGACAGAGUGUGAGGUGGGGGCCAAGCGGUGCGCUGGGGAGCGUCUCCACGUUUUGGACAUAGAUGCUUGUCCGGCUUGAGGAGAUCUGUUAGCAGAAACUGAUUUGCACAUUAUUGUUGAAUUUUUCCAAACUUUCUGGAUCAAACUGCUUUUUGGUGUUUCUUUUUUAAAUCUUUCUGUCACCUUGAUGUUUUUGUUCCUUUUAAAAUAAAAUAAUACAGAGUUAUGAGUGUCUUGAUGUGUUUCUGUUAAACGUGAGUGUUGCAAACACCAGCAGGUCAUGUUGAUGUGACAGAAAUAACGCAUCAGUGGAAAAAAUCAAAUGCCAAACAAUAAAAUCAGAGAAACUAUGAAA